CUUCAGUUCCUGCCGAACCUUCCAAUGGUUUGGAACAACUUUUAGUUUUUCGGAAAAUAUUUUUUUAAUUUUUUUUUUGUGAAUUUAAAUUUAAAUUAAAAAAAAAUCAAAAUGUCGUUACUUGCCGAAGGAAAAAUUUUCAUCGCGCCUUUGAUAAUUCCUUUCACUUUUAUCGCAUUGGCGCUUUAUGCGAUCCAUAUUUGGCAAAGUGGAACACGAAAGUACAAAACUGCAUUAAAAGUGCCGGGUCCUGCGCCGAUCCCGUUAUUGGGCAACAUUCAUUUGGUUAUGUCGCUAAGCAAAAAUAAAGCUUUCGAGAAAGCGAUUGAAAUUUCGCGGAAUUAUAGUGGCGCUGUUCGAGCAUUUGUUGGAUACAAACCCAUUGUUUUCCUCACGCAUCCCGAUGACGCGGAAAUUAUUCUCAACAGCACCGUUCAUUUGCAGAAAUCUGAAGAGUACAAAUACUUCCAACCGUGGCUCGGCAAUGGAUUGCUCAUCAGUCACGGAGAUACGUGGAAAAAUCAUCGGAAAUUAAUUGCGCCCGCUUUUCACAUGAACGUUCUCAAAACCUUCGUGGGGCUCUUCUACAAGAACAGUUUGGCUGUUGUCGAGAAAAUGCGCGAAGAAGUUGGCAUGAAUAAUGAAUUCGAUUGUCAUGACUACAUGUCGGAAGUGACGGUAGACAUUUUGUUGCAAACCGCCAUGGGGUCAACCAAACGCGAAAAAAGUGGAUUUGAAUAUGCAAUGGCUGUGAUGAAAAUGUGUGACAUUUUGCAUCUUCGCCAUUAUAAGAUUUGGUAUCGAUUCGACACGAUUUUCAAUCUUUUUGGAUGGCAAAAGGAGCAAAAUCGACUUUUGAAUAUUAUUCAUGGAUUAACCGGAAGCGUACUUAAAGAAAGACGUUCAAAGUUCAACCAAAACUUAUCUGAAGGAAAACUUCCAUCUCCGUCUCUUUCUGAAAUCAUUGCUAACGACAACGCCUUGCAAAAAGAUGAAAAGAAGACACCUGCGAAGAAAACCGCUGGAUUACGUGACGAUUUAGACGACUUAGAUGAGAACGAUGUCGGUGAAAAGCGUCGUUUAGCUUUCCUUGACUUGAUGUUGGAAACGGCUCAUUACACGAAUCAAAUUUCCGACGAAGAAAUCAAAAAUCAAGUCGACACUAUAAUGUUUGAGGGACAUGACACCACAGCAGCUGGCUCAAGUUUCGUUCUUUGCAUGCUCGGCAUCCACAAAGAAGUCCAAGCGAAAUGCUACGAAGAAAUCAAGCGUAUUUUCGGUGACUCCAAUCGCCCAGCAACCUUCGCCGACACGCUCGAGAUGAAAUAUUUGGAACGCGUGAUCUUCGAGACGCUUCGUAUGUACCCUCCAGUGCCCGUCAUCGCUCGCAAAGUCAACCAAGACGUCAAAUUGGCAACAAUUGACGCUACAAUUCCCGCUGGAGCGACAGUUGUCAUCGCUACAUACAAAAUCCAUCGUCGUCCUGAUAUUUAUCAGAAUCCAGACAAGUUCAAUCCGGACAAUUUCUUGCCCGAAAAUACGCAGAACAGGCAUUAUUAUGGAUAUAUUCCGUUUGCUGCUGGACCUCGUAGUUGUGUUGGUCGCAAAUACGCGAUGCUCAAGUUAAAAGUUUUGCUCUCAACGAUUUUGAGAAAUUACAAAAUCAAUUCCAACGUGCAGGAGAAAGACUUUAAACUAACAGCUGACAUUAUCCUGAAGAGAGACGAUGGAUUCAGAGUUAUGCUUGAGCCGAGAGGUCGUGCAUAAAAUAUUUCUUUAACCUUUCGUUUAAAAUUGUAGUCGUUUCGUAGUGUAUCGUAGUCGAAAAAGUAGUGUUUAUACAGAAAAAAAGGCAAAAAAAAUGAAUAAAAUUAUUAAAACUGG